UGACCAAUCGCGGGGCCCACCGCGCGCCCUGGUUGCCCCGGGAAACCUAACAGCAGGCAUCAGCCGGCCUCAGACCCGAGCCAGCGGGUCGAACAUGGACAGCCACUCCGGGGACAUCGAAGGCGAAGGCCAAGCCGAGGAAGGCCUGGCCGGGCAGCCGCCCGAGAUCGAAGUUAGCUCCGAACCUCUGACUCCGGCGGACCCUGAUGAGCAGAAGCCGGAGCCUGAGACCGAGACCCAGCCGGUGUCGGACAGCUCGAAAGCAGAGGCUUCGGAGGGGAGCGAUAACGCCCAUGUUGAGCCCUCGGAAAGUCCGGGGGCCGCUGAGACCGAGGACAAGGCAGUAGAGGCCGCGAGCGAGGCCGAGUCCCUAGAGCCAGAGAGUCUGCCACAGACCCAGCCCAAGACCGAGCCGGAGUCCAAGGAGCCAGAGGACAAAGACGAAGAGGAGGACGAGGAGGAAGAGGACGAAGAUGAGGAAGAGUACGAGGAACCCGACAGGUUGGAGAAGCAGAAGGGCAAAGAGAAGAGGGAGAAGAGGAAGGAGUCACGGUUCCGACCCUCUCUACCGCUGACCACGAUUGUCGAGGAGGCGGCUGCUCCGACCCCACAAGCUGCGAAAGAGAAAGCAAAGGGGCCGCAGAAGAAGAGAGAGAGUGAAGAGAUCGAGGCGAUAGAUCGAGAUCGACGCAAGAAAACCUCACAAGAGCUUCACCCCGGAGAGGAGACGGAAGAGGAGGAGGAAAAAGUAGAGAAAGGGAAGGACAGUGAGGAGGAGUUUGAGUGGACAGCGGAUGUGCGGAAGCUGCAAGAGCAGCAGCUGCGUGGUGAGCUGGUCGAGCAGUACCACUCCCUGCUCGUGGAGCGGAACCGUUAUCAGCGCUACAAUAUGUACCUACAGCAGAAGAUUCACGAGACCCUACGCAAGAAGGGUCUGGAAGCGGCCGCGGAACCUGUGGACAGGAGCGCUGAACCAGAAUCUCCCGAGAAAGAGCAAACGUACUUGCGCUAUCUGGCCAUGCUGGAGGAACUGAAAAAACAAGAAGCGGACGACUUGGAGUGGUACCGUCACGAGGUGCGUGAGCUGAAGCAGCAGUGCAAGGAGAAGCAGACCAAGGUGGAGAAAGAGUGGCGGCGCUUCCAGGCCCUCAAGAAGCAGGUGGUGAUGCAAGUCAUGGGCAGUUGCCGCAUGCGCGGUGGGCGCCAGGCUGCUCUGAGAGAGGUGGAACAGCUUCAGGCUCUGGAGGAUAAAAAGGAGAAGGAGAUGAGCGCCGUGCGUCUGGAGAACGUGCAACUGAAGCAGAGCCUGGUACACUUUGAAACCAGGAUGAAGGCCCAGGAGGACUUGGCUGAGGGGCUGCUCCUCAUCGACUUUGAACAGCUCAAAAUUGAGAACCAGACCUUCAACGAGAAAGUAGAGGAACGAAACGAGGAACUUUUAAAACUGCGCACUAAAGUGACCAGCAACGUGCAGGUUAUAACACACGUGAAGGAAAAGCUGUCUUUCAUAGAUAUGGAGAACUCAUGCAAAAAGGCACAACUUUCGGAAGUGGAUGCCCAGGUGGCCCUAGGAAGAGACCUAUUGACGAAGACAAAACAAUCCCGAGACAGCCUGCGAAUCGACAACAUCAAACUGAGUCAGAAAUGUGGGCUUCUGGGUAAGGAAUCACUCCUCCGAGAUUUGGAAGAAAAGGUGGAGAAGACAGAAAUGCUCAAUAGGCGCCUGGAAUCCCUGAAGCGCCAUCACGCCGGGCUCACCUUGUCCUGCAAAGGGGUGAAGCAAAAGAUCAGGGAAGCCAAAACCUUCCUCCCAUCUUGACAGACCUUGACGGGACAGCCGGCAAAACUUCAACUCCAAAAACUGUCCCUUACUCUCCUCUGCAUCUGAUUGUCCAUUCUGUGGAAGUUGGGAUGAAAUUUUAUUUUUUGGUCUGUUUUCCAGCUUUCAAAUUCCUGCUGAACACAUCCAGCUAGCAGUAGUUCUACAUGAGGUUAAGAAAAAUAUAUCUAGAGAGUGGGGUGAUUAAACCAACUGAUGAAGCGCCUUUAUAGCCAAGCAGCCCCAGUCUAAAGGAUUGUUAGAGCUGCCUCUUACCUAUGUCUAAGGAUGACUUAAAGGUUCAAUGAGUGGGCAUAGAAAAUCUCUAUGCACUGAUCUGAUGACUCGUCAUCUUUGUACUAAUUAAACUUAAGAGUAUUGAA